GUCGGUGGUGGUGUGUGGAGCUGGCGAGAGGAAGGCAGACAUGUUUCGCAGAAAGUGAUGUGCACCAAAUCGUCGGUUCAAACCUUCGAUUCUUGCUUGGGCUGUGUUCCAGCGCAGAUGCCUCAGAGAGUGGUGCCGCACAUGACAUUAUUCGUAUUUACGGCCGCGGUGGACUCCCUUUUGUGAAGCAGCUGAUUGCAGAAAGCAUGCUGGGCCUCAUGCAGAACUUGCUGCCAGAGUCCACGGACCACGGAGAACAGGUUAUGCUGUGCACACGGUGCCUGCUGGUCGGAGUCCUACGUUCGGCUGGUGGCCGCCGGGUACGCCCAAUGGGAUUGAUUAAGGACUUGGUUCGACGCUUCGAGCUUCUUUGGAGAGCUGAUGACGAUCCCAGACGAAGCUACGCAGAAGCAGAGCAGGACCUGAAGACACCGUCUUUCCCAAGAUUUGUGCGGCGAGCACUUCUUGAGUCGCUGCAAUUGGCCUAA